GCCAUACUUCCUCAUCGGCCAAGACGCCAACGGAGAAACGGUUUACUCUGGCAUCAUGUGGGAUCUCCUGCAGAUGCUGGCCACUAAGAUGAACCUUCGGUUCGAGAUAUACCGGCCCCCCGACGGCAUGUGGGGGGUGGAGCUUCCCAACGGCAGUUGGAACGGCAUGUUGGGCAUGAUCCAGAGGCAGGAAGUCGACAUGGCGCUCGGUCCCUUUGCGGUAUCGUACCAACGCACGAAAGUGGCGGACUUCCCAGCCAGCAUUUUCGUGCUGCCUCACCGCCUGUACCUGCCGAGGCCGCGUGGAUCCCCUGACCUCAGUGAUUUCGUUCGGUUGUUUCACCCACUGGUGUGGUUGAUGGUUCUCCUGAGUGUCUGCGUGGUGUCCCUGGCGGUCUGGGCAGCCUCGAGGAUGGAAGCGCAGAGCCAACACACGCUCGCGGUUCCUCUGCCUGCUUUCAAGGUUCUGUUGCAGGUCUGGGCGUCGCUGAUGCAGGAAUCGUGCGAGUGGCGCGGCGUCGGCGUCGGGAGAGCUCUGAUGGGCAUGUGGUUUCUGGUGACCCUCGUGCUCAUGAACACCUACAGCGGGCUCUUGGUGGCCUCCCUCAGCUUCCCGAAGGUCGCCAUUCCGAUCGCCUCCGUCGAGGAGCUGGUGGCGCAGGACAAACUGCCUUGGCGUCUUGAGCAGGGGGGCAUCAUCCUGCAUACCUUUGAGACAGCAGACGUCAAGAUGUACAAGACGCUUCUGCAAGGAAGCAAAGGUUUCUUCCCGGAUUGCUUUGCCGCUCGAGAGGACAUUGCCAGGGGUCGAUUCGCUGGACUCUGUGAUGUAUUGGCUGGAGAUAUGAUGGUUGCCAAGACCUUCUCGAGCACCGGGAGAUGCGAUUUCUACAGUCCUCGGCAGAACAUCGUUACGCACACGUAUACGCUCGUGCUACAGAAGAACUCACCUUUGAAAGAGAAUGUCAAUUUCUGGCUUCAGGAGCUGCAGGAACGUGGCUGGGUGGAUCAGCUGGUGAACCAACGGGUGAACAACGGCACCAUCUGUAAGCUAAGUCCAGGGCAAGAAGUGGGUCAGGUCCCCCCGAGUCCGCUGGCGAUUAUGCAGAUGUGGGGGGUCUUCGCCAUUCUUGCCGUCGGGCUCGGCGUGGGGUCUUUUGUGUUCCUUCUUGAAAAGAUGGCCAACCUUUUGCACUGACAAGAAUCUAUGAAUCUGAUCAUAAUCAUGUGAAUUACUAGCAAAGAAUCGCAUUAUGUAAAAAAAAAAAAAAACAAGACUCAAACUC